AUGACGGAUGUACUGUGUGUUUCUGGGAAUUUGAAGGUGAAUAACUCUUUAACUACUUAAAAGGUUCGGCUUUUAAGAAAAAAAAUAGACAAUUUUAACUGAAGGGCUGAAAUUCAUGUUUGUUUCAGGUAACUUCAAGGAGUCAAACACCUAAAAUGACUCCAGAGGAGGCCAAUGAUGACGUCCAACUCCGUGAUGCAGAAGGAGAUUGGAUGAACAAGACAACAUGGAGAAGUAAAGUAAGUAAAGUUUGAUGAAUGUGUUUGUUUCAUUAAACUGUUGUCUUUGUGUGCUGCUCUAUUGACCUGCAUUUUCUUCAUCUCAUCUCCUUAUAUUUAUCUCUGUACAAUAGAGACACGCAAGGAUGAGAGUGAAGAUGAUGAGCAGCCGAAAGAAGAAGAUAAGAUGA